UAUAAUCCACCAACUUUUAUCUCUUUAUCUUGGUAUACACUCCCACAUCGUCAAUACCCAACAAAUAAGUUGCUCUCUACCCUUUUACUUUCUUCUUCAACAACCAUAACUUCACACCCAAAAAAACUCCUUUCAUCGGCCACCGCUAAGAAAAAGACAUUUAUACCCCUCGUCGUAACCUUAUCUUUCCCAACACUAGUCGCUUUUUGACCUUGUCAAACCUCUACCCGCUACCUCAAACGCUAUCGCCAAACAGAACCUAUAUGGGUAAAAAAGUAAAAUGGAGUUGGACCUCGGCUAUAAUUGGCGCAACCGCCGCCACAGCCGCAACCACUUUUUUCUUAGCCAAGCCGAAAGUACCCAACUUUCGGCUUGUUAGCCUCACAUCAUUACAACUAAAAUUCAAAAACUCAACCAAAGAAAAACAACACCAAAAUCAAGACAAUGUGAAAUUUCCACGUCUUGAUGCUGACCUCAUCUUGACCAUACACGUCAGCAACCCCAAUAUCCUACCUGUCAGGUACUCUGCCACGUCACUAUCAAUAUAUUAUGACGGCUCGUUUUUAGGCUCGGCCUAUGUCCCAGCUGGCUCGCAGCCGGCUAACUCAUGCCAGCUGCUUCGGCUUCAGGCUCGGCUUAAUGGACAAGAGUUGGUUCAACAUGCUAAAAGAUUUAUUAGUGAUGUGGGUAAAAGAAUGAUGGUAUUAGAUGCUGAGGUGGAUAUUUGUGGUUGGGCGAAAUUGAUUUUGUGGAGCCCAAGGUUUAAGGUCCACGUGGAUAGUCGUAUUGUUGUUGAUCCUGUUAUGCUUGAUGUUAUUGAUCAGGAAAAUGAGUCUAGUAUGCAAAUGUUUGUUAAGUGAAACUUUUGUAUGUUUUUGAUCCACUUUUUUUCUUAUAUGGAUUAUAUUUUGUAUCAAUGUUGUAAUGUUAAUUUAUAUGGAAUAGACAAAAUAGUAGUGUUUAUAUAACCCAAGGGCCGAAAUGAGAAACAAAGCCCAUUCAUAA